AUGAGCGCCGAGGAUGAGAUCAUUCGCAUCGCGAAGAAGAUGGACAAGAUGGUGCAGAAAAAGAACGCGGUGAGGAGAUGAGCCGGGAGGGACCGGGUGCCGGUGUGUGUAUGUGUGUGAGAGAACGAGAGCGAGCGAGCGGGGUGGGUGGGGGUGUUCCACCAAGCCCCUCGCGCGCUCGGCUUGAACGUCCGCUCGACCAAUCAGCUGCGCCUCGCGCUCAGCUGGGCGCCCGCCUUUUUCUUUUUCUUUUCCUGAGGGGCGGCUUAUUUCGCGCGCGGAUCCUCUUUUGUGAGGCCUCAACUGUCACCUUUCGGAAUGUGGGUGGGGGAGAGGAAGGAAGCACCUCGCUUCGCCCUCGUGCCAGUGUGGCAGAUGGAGCCGUUCCUCUGGGGGGCUCUCUCGACUGGUGACGACACUGUACGUCAAAACAAGGCACUUUCACGGGCGACGUUUCCUUGGGGAGCAACCGAAUCCUUGCCCUCCAAAGAACCGGCAGUCCAGGGACCCACGAAGUAAAGCCCUUGCCUGUGGUGUAUUGUGGCACUGCACCGCCCCGUAUUCUUGUCAAGGCUGGUAGCCAUGGUAUACUCGCUUAAAAAUGUGGCGCUGGUUGUCAGAAGGGUGAACUCUUUCUCUUUUCACAGAUCUGAGAAGAAAGGACGCAAAAAUAUGUUAUGAGUCUCGUUUGCUUGUUGGUUCAGUCAUUCAUUCAUUCAUACACAGUAAAUUUAUCAUAUGAGUAUUUAUACUCUUCUUACCUGAAUUCUCCAGGCAGCUUGCAGUGUAUUCGAAGCGCAACAAAGCAGACAAGGCUACAAUAGUUACUACAGCAGGUCAAAGGUGUAUCGGUUUCCCCUGCUUGCUCUCUGGUGUCCCAUCAAAUGCUGUUCUGGAACUGACUAUUGAAGCAACCAGAGGUUAUUCCCACACGGCCCAGGACUUACUCAUAGAAUCGUAGAGUUGGAAGGGUCAUCUAGUCCAACCCCCUGCAAUGCAGAAAUUUCAACUAGCUCAUAGACUCAGAAUAUGAUUCCCUGGCCAGCUGCAACUGCCUCUCACAGUCCUGGAAUUGAUGCAGGAGGAGGUGCUGGGGGAGCAAAGAUGUUAACAUGCCACCUCCCCAAUAGAUAUAUGUUUUCUGGGUAUCUGUCUCCACCUUUGAUUCCAUUUUCCAAUGGGACAAUAAUUGCUAGUCUGCAUUGGUUUUAACUGGCUUACGUGUCUUGUAAGUUUCAGCAUCUUUUUGGAAAUGUUUGCUAGAUAUCAUGCCACGUGUUUAUACCUUUCUGCCCUUGAGUGUGGUUGUGGAGGCGGUGGGGAAGCUUCAGUCCUUUGUUUAAAUAGGCAGUGAGAUAAAACCAUAAAUAAAUGACAGGAUUCCACCUGAAUAUUAAACUAGGCUUUAUUUUCGCUUUUAAACAUUUCUGCAUACAAGUCAGUUGAUGAAGAUGUGUCACUCAAAGUGUGUUCAAUAAACUUGACCUUACAUUUGUCAUUUUAAAAUGAAAUUUUCAUCAACAUGAUUCUCACUCUUAAAAAUAGGAACUGGAGCAGUUGUCCACAAAAGUUAAGUGAAACAGGUAAAAGUUCCCAGCUAAUUUCAUAAUAAUAAUGUCAUGUGAAUUCAGGGGGGAGGCAUUCCAUCAUCACUGAAAGUGAUCUAUGCCUUCCUCAAACAAAUAUUAAAAUUAUAGCAGCUCCUUGGAAUAUCACAGUAUUCUUGAGUGCACAUGUAUUUUAAUAUUUUUUUUGGCUGGUCAUAUGCAGAGAAGAAAAGCCUCACUAGGCUUGGUGAAGAUUCUUUGAGAGAGUUGUAUAUUUUUUCUGCAAAUGGUAACCCUGGUCUGGCCAGUGUCAUGUUUCCUAUAGUAGUGAGUGAGGCUAAAAAUGUGUUCGAUUAAAAAUGUAAGUAUAUAAAAUGAGUUUUACUGUAAAACCUAAGCCUUGCUAGUCUUCAUAAGGAAUAACUUGGUAAGCCUUACAUCUAAAUGUGCCUCUGUGCUACUAAGUAAAAUUAAUUUUAUCUGUAACCAUUCCAGAAAUUCUUCUAUAGCUUUAUUCUAAAUAUGGAUUCAGUAUAGAACUAUUAAGAAACAUUGAUUUAUUUGACUAUCUUUGAUAAUACUUUUGAUUCAGAUGGUAUAUUUUAGAUGUCAACUUCAUAUAUUUUUCUCUGCUUGGUGAAUUAUGCCUUCGGAACGCUACUUGAUGCUUGAUACAGGGCUGUGUUAAAGGCUUUGUUACUGAUUAUGUAUGCCACAUUCACUGAAAGAAAGUUAUUUUAACUUGGUAAGUGAGUGCACAGUGAUGUUGUAGGAACAGUCAUGUGUUACGAUUCUUAUGGAUUUGGGGUUGGAUACCCUGGCCUCUUGUAUUCUUCCAAGCCUCACAAUGGGAGUUUCUUGCUGCUGACCCACACAUCUCACACCUACAGAUUCAACUGGUUCAGGCCCAGUGUGUAUUAAAAUACUAUUCCUUUUAAAAAAAUCAUAUCAGCAUGAACUGUAUACUUGUGUUAAACUAAACCUUGCAAGUUAUAUUUCUAUCAAUGCUUGUUCUGUAGUAUAACCAGUGUAACAAAUUACCUUAUUGUGUAAUGAAUAGGUGCAAGUUGGCAGAGGUAAUUUUGCACAUAUGGAUUUUCAAAAAUCGAGAGCAGUUGAGUAAGAUUAGAGAAAAAAGGUAAGCAGUAGCUUUUCCUCUUAUAAGGUAUGGAGCCAGUAUGUGUUAAACAACUUUCCAUGUGCAUUCAGCUGCAAUCCUAUACUCACGUAUUUGGGAGUAAGCCGCAUUUAGCUCUGUGAGACAUGCAUUUGAGUAGACAUGUAUAGGAUUGAAGUUACAAAUCAUUUGUACAAAUUUAUAUUUAGCUGUAGCACCAUACUUCUUAAAUCCUUGAAUAUGGAACCUAAUCUAUAAAGACUGAUUCUAAAAAUAAUUUUGAACUAUUUUCGCCUAUGAUAGUUUUAUGACAAAUUUAUUUCUUGUACAAAUUAUAUUGUUGUUCCUAAAACCUUCUUAUAAAUAUUUGUCUAGCAAAUACUGCAGUUCUUAUACUGUACGCCGGCUCCCUCAGCCAGUAAAGCGAGAUGAGCGCUGCAACCCCAGAGUCGUCCGCGACUAGACCUAAUGGUCAGGGGUCCCUUUACCUUUACCUUUAGGUCAGGUUUAGAACAGAACCGCUGAAAUGAAUGGGACUUAAAUUAGUCAUGACUGACUUAAGCAUUUUAUUUCAAGCAGUCUUAUUUAAAAGUGAGCAUGUUUUCCAUGUUGAUUGGCUACAGUGGAGUGCUACUUGUGUAAAAUGUUUUGGUUAUUGCAUCCCCAUCUUAAUUUAGCAUAGGAGUAAGGCCCACACUAUUCAUUGGAAUUUGAUUAUUAGUACGUUUGGGACUGUGGCAUAAAGCUACAAUUUUUAAAAAAGUUUUCUCACAUGUAAAUCCUUCUGGUUUCUGGUUGAAAUUUUAGAUUCUGUUGAUUUUAGAGGAAAAAAAUCUAUUCUGCCUUUGAAUUUUCUUUUAACUUAAGACCGUCUUACUGUAGUUCUCUGAAUGUUUACUAAGUUCUGAGUUCAACAGAGCUUGGUCUCAAAUAAGUCUAGGAAGGUAUUUCAUAGACAAAUAUGAGCCCCGUCCCCAAGUGUGCUUAGCUCAUGUAUUGAGUCCUUAUAUACACUACCACCACCUCGAAAGCUUAUCUGGUAGAAAACUUAUCUGGUAGAAAGCUUAUCUGGUAGAAAGCAUGGUAGAAAGCAUAGGGCUUUCUCAUUGGUGUGACCUGUCUUUUGGAAUUGCCAUAUUCCCUGUUGACAUGCUCUUUCUAGGAACUUACCAAGGCAUUUGGAGAAAAAGGAUUUUGGCUGCUGGACUGCAGUGAUGAAUUUGUGAUGGAUCUAUUGAGUAUUUGUAACAUUGCUUUGGAAUUGUUUUCAUUUUUCACAUAAUGAUCCCCCAAAGUGAAAGACAGGGUAUAUAUUUCCUUAAUCACAGUACUGCUUCUUGCACUAAGUUUCCAGAUGGGUGGGGUAUAAAUAAUAAUAAAAUUAUUAUUAUUAUUGCAGAUAAAUAUAUGGCUUUGCAUUUAUCUUUAUUUAAGCAGCAAGGUAAAAGAGAAUAGUUUCAUGCACACUUUUUAGUUUGUCAUGUUACUGCAAGUAACAUUCCCUUACACAAUCUUUCAAGUGGUAUUUCAGAAGAUAGUAGGUCAGGUUGAACAGUGAAAACUCCUGCUGUUUAUUCAACACAGGCUUUAUUUACAUUACACAUUACACAUUUUUAUUUACAUUAUUUUACAGUUUUUGAGAUCCCUUAGUGAAAGGCAUUUCCAUAGUAUCAUAAACACAUGCUGAAUACAGGAGAGGACAAAGCUACCAUCAGAAGUCAGUAAACAACUCUUCCAAGUUUUUGACUGAAACAGGUGGAGUGAUUUCUGCCUCUUACAUCAUCUAAUUGGGGUAGAUUCCACAAUUACAAUGGAAGAUAAUACACUCUGCCCAUUCUGGAGCUAAUUUAGUUGUAUUAUGCUAAGUUUUGUAUGUAAAUUAUUACAAAUAUCAUAGGCAAUAAGCUAUAGCUCUAAUUUGUUUUAUUUGGUGUAGGACUUAAGAUUCAGAGAAUCUUAUUUGGAGGGUUACUUUCUUUGAUUGCAUUUUAAGGGUGUCAUUUAUUUGUUAGAUUAAAUAAGUUAUUUUACUAGAAGUGAUAGUAUUUAUUUUUGUGACAAAUUUGUUUUCACAGUUGUAAACAGAAGGAUUUAAACUUCAAAUAUUUGAUUAUGUUUAGUUGCACAAAUUCUAAUAAGCUGAGAAAGGGGGAGUACCUUUUUUAAAAAAUUGAGUUUUAAAUGGAUUUGUACUUAUUUACCUAGGAGUAAGCCCCAUUGAACUGAGCUUAAAUCAUUGGAAGACAAAAGUACUGUGGGUGGGUGGAUGGUUCCUAUGUCUGAGAUACUGACUAUUUUCCAGUUUUGGAUGAGAUUACUCUCCCCUGAAAUAAUAUAGGUUUGGGUCUGUCUUUGUCUUUUGUGACUUGUGUAGCCUUAGUGACUAGGAACCCCUUUUACUGGCUAUGGCGGCUGCGCCAACUGUGACUGUUCUUGAACAGGAACAUCCUGACAAGGGUGUUCAUAACAUCAAUACUUGAUCAUUGCAAUGUGCUCUGUGUGGUAGGACUAUGCUUGUCCAUGGUUUGGAAGCUCUAGCUGGUGCAGAAUGCUGUAUCUAGACUGUUGAUGGGGACAGACUACUCUCAGCACAUAACAAGAGUGCUUAAAAGCUUGCACUGGCUACCCAUAUGUUACCCAUAUGUUACCCACCCAGGUUUAAGGUUACAAGGCCUUUAACAACUUGAGUCCGGGAUAUCCUAAGGACUACCUGAUCCCUUGUAUCCCUGCUUGCUCACUGAUGGUGACUCCCCAUGGCUCUAUUAUACUUUCAUUCGAGACCUCAGUUGCUAGGAUGUCUCUGUUUUGUCAGGAGCCUGGCACUUCUUUAUUACAUACCUUUUACUUACUUUUAGUGGCCUUUCUCUUUAGAAGGUGAAUAUUGAAUCUCUUUAUAAGGUUUCUAAAGAGAAGUAAGCUAGUAGCAGAGACGUUAGUAUAGUACAGUAAAGUGAAUUGCAUGCAUAACUGUGCUUUGCUAAUCAUAACUGAUUUUAAUCUGUGGUAAUACAGAUAACUGUUGCCUUUGGCUUGAGAGCCCAAAUUAAUUGACGUAAAAGUGGAACUUCCAUUUGUUGAGCCCAUCUGGUUUAGGUGCAAAUUGUAUCAUAUAAUGAAAAAUCCUGAUCUUACUGUGCUGUGUUCUUAAAAUCUCAUUUCACUACUCUUGAGGGAUUGGCCUGCAGUUAAUUUCAAAAUAUUAAUUUAAAAUUGCUAACUAUAUUAAAUAUAGGUAGAAUCUAAUAUUCAUAUGACUGCUUUAGUAAAAUAUAUUUUCUCACCUCCUACUCAUUUUGAAAGUAAAUUAAAGUUUUAGCACUUAAUAAAAUUUGGAAUAAACAACAACUAUAUCAUUAAAACUGGUGAAAAUUUAAUGGAACAAUUGCUCACAAGCUAAAUUGUAUUUGCCUUGGGAAUGCCAAGUUAAAGUUUUGCUUAAGUGGGUUUUGUAAUUAACUACAACCUAGAUGUACAACAAUGACAUCUGUGCAGGAUUUGGUGGGAAUGUGUAGUUAUUUAACAAGCAUCCCAACAACUGCUUGCCUCACAAAAAAGUGUGCCUCCAACUCAAGAUUGACUAGUCAGAUUAACGUUUGGAAAACUAUCAGUUGCUCCUAGAUGCUUGUGAAAUAAAUAUCUAGGCUGAUCUGUCAGUGUUUAGGUUUAUCAUGUUUUCAUAUUGUGGAACUAGCGUUGAAUAAAACUGCUGUGUUUCAUAGUAAAUAUUUUAAGUAUAUGAGAAUAUGCAUACUGAAUCUUUUUACAAUGUAUUUUACAGGCUGGGGCUCUUGACUUACUCAAAGAACUUAAGAAUAUGCCCAUGACUCUGGAGUUAUUACAGGUAUGUCUUUCCAAUGCUGCAGUACCUCUUAUAUACAUUUUCUACCAUAAACAUAUGGAAACAAAUUUUCCUUUGAAGCCCUGCCCUUACUUUCCCUGCAUCUGACAUCAUGUAUGAUGUCAGGUGGAGGCUGCAUGGGCAUGUCUCCCCAAAACGGCCUCACAGAACAAAUGGGGAGGCUUGGUCUGGGUCAAGUUUGGCCUGAAGGUCAGAGGUUUUCCACCCCUGUUCUGUAGUCACUUUAGAUUGUUGUUCCCAUGGAAGGGAAUGUGUUCCUGUAGAAGGGAAUGUACGUGUACGUUAGUGGAAUUACUUUGCUGCUGCAUAUUUAUUGCAUAUAAAAGGUACUUGAAUCUCUAUGACUGAUUAUCCCUGGGUUUCAGAAAUGUUACUCUUUAAGUAGAAAGCUGAAUAUCAAUAUACAUGCAUUCCAAAUUGCCCUGAUACAGUGGUGCCUCGCAAGACGAAAAGAAUCCGUUCUGGGAGUCUCUUCGUCUAGCGGUUUUUUCGUCUUGCGAAGCAAGCCCAUUGAUGGGAUUAGCGGAUUAGCGCUAUUAGCGCUAUUAGCGGCUUUUAGCGGCUUUUAGCAGCUUAUCAGCUUAUCGGAUAAGCAGAUAAGCGGCUUAGCGACUUAGAAAAAGAGGGGGGAAAGGGGGGAAAAAACCCAGGAACUCGUAAGACAUUUUCGUCUUGCGAAGCAAGCCCAUAGCAGAUUCGUUUUGCGAGGCACCUCCAAAACGGAAAACUCUUUCGUCUAGCGAGUUUUCCGUCUUGCGAGGCAUUCGUCUUGCGGGGCACCACUGUAAAAAUGUAUGGCAAGCAUAUUAUCACACCUUAUGAUAGAAAUUCAGGACGUGAAUUUUCUUUAUUUAGCUGGCACCAGCCUGGGACAAACUUGCAAAAACCUUUCCUGCUGCAUUGGAGGCAAUUCUUCCUUGCCAGAGGCAAGAGACAAGAGGCUUUUAAAAACAUGUAUAAGGAGACUUGUACAUAUAUGCAAGCUCACCAUUACUAGACUUAAUUUUUACUUUAUUUGGUGCUGAACUUUGUUUAUGCUUGAACUUGCUUUUAGAGUUGGAAUAGGAUUAAAAUGGAACCAAUUUAAUAAGAGUUGCAGUCUGAAAAUAUGAUUAAACAAAAAUAAUUCUUUUGUAAAAAAUGCACAUUAUGCCUAGUUUGUUCAAUUUUUAUUCUCCCUCCCUCCCUCUCUCUGAACUGUAGAUGGCAGUAGUACUCUUUUAACACUGCUUGACUGGAGUACUGUAUAAGUGAAGCUGAUUAAUAAAAUGUGAUUAAAAAACAAAACCACAAGAUAAAUCUUGGUAGUCCUUAGGUUUUUUUUUCUUUUUCCAAUCCCAUGGUUUUCAGGUCAGUUAAGGCAAGCAGUUAUAAGUGGAGAAAAUAUAAUUUUUGAAAAUUAUAAUGAAAGUUUAUUUGUAACUUGUAUCACUCAGUCAUCUAGCCAUGCUCACAUUAAACCUGGAAGUUAUGUUACAGAAGUCAUGUUGGAUUAAAAAAUAUAUAUUCAGUUGUUAUGUAAAAGUAUAGUAGUAUAAAAAGUAUUCUUUGAUAAGACUUAAAAGUGGAUUGUUAAACUAUUUAUCCCAUAGUUUGAGGUCCUUGAAAAGAAAGAUAUUGUUUGUAAUUUUGCACUGAAAAUGGACUUUAUCCAUAUCCGGUGUGUGUAUUUUCUUUGAAGGAAAAAGAUUUGCUUAUGAGUUCAUAACUCUUAGUGUGAAGACUUUGGCUCAAGUAGUUAUAAAAAUCUAUAAAUCAUCUAGAUCUAUAAGCCCUUUGCUAAGUUUAGAAAUCACACUUAACAGUUUUAGCUUAGAAGGUAUCUGACAGGAUAUGUUUGUGCUAGGUAUACUUAAAGCACUUGCCUAAUGUAUUGCUUUAUAACAGAUGCUGUUCUAGAACCAUAUUGUCAAGUUACUUAUGAUCAACCUGCCUCCAUAAUACUUAAAACUAUCUCCAUAUUCAACAGGGAUGUAUGUACAGUAUAAAACCAGCAGUUUCUGACAAUUAGAAAACAAUUUAAAAAACAAUAUCAGAUAAAACUCAGCUUCCAUCAAGGCUUUCUCCUUGCAGUAAACCAGAUUCUCUUAAAAUAAUUUCCCUCGAAGGCUAGCAGCAAGGAGUGCAAAACAUGCAAUUCUGCUGCUCUUAAAGGCAUGCUUGUUAAUUAACCAGGUAGUUGUUGAAGAGCAUCUUAAUUAAAGAGAGAGAGGGUGAAAGCCCUAGAGGCAAGAAUAUUAGCUAACCUCCCUUGGAUCUCAACACUGCAAACAGUACUUUAAUGCCAGUUCUUGUAUAUGUGGAGAAUUCUUAAAAAGAAAAAAUAGAAUGUUUGGCUUUGGCUUAAAAAAAAAUUAAAUUACUUUGGAAAUCAUUUGCUGUUUUUGCCCAAUAUCUGAUGACUUCAUGCAGUUUUGUAUUCUCUCAAUUGUAUUUGAAAUCCUUGUAGUGGUUCUAAAUAUCAUUAUAUAAAUACCUGCUUUUAAAUGUUGAUUCUUGUGCUUGGUUUCAGUCUACAAGAAUUGGAAUGUCAGUGAAUGCAAUACGCAAGCAAAGCACAGAUGAAGAAGUUACAUCCUUAGCAAAAUCUCUCAUUAAGUCGUGGAAGAAGUUAUUAGGUAUAACUAUGUUUUUUCCCCUUCUACAACUUCCAGAUUAGUAUACAGAAUAAUAGAUUUCUGUCUGUUUCUGUUGUUCUUGCAAAACCAACUAACUCUGAAACAUGAACCCUCCCUUCAUUUUGAACUUCCUUUUGUCUUUUUAGUAGAGGACAGAUAUUUCCACUGCAAUGGGACAAGCAAUACAAACAACCUGGCAACAGCCUGGCAACAAAUUGGUUGUUCUGGGUGGGGGACAUGGUUGUGGGUGGAAUGUGGAGGCUGGAUGUUAUUGAGAAUGCUCUACAGUAUCAGUGAGGUUUUCAUUGGACAAUUUGGAAAGAUUGCACAAUAGGAAAAUAACACUAUUAUAUAUCUAUAUCUAUUUCUGGAUAUAGAUAUAUAUUAAUGUAUAGUUGCACAUCAGACUGUUUUGUAGAAACCAGUAGUGGAUAGUUUGUAAAAAGCAGUUAUUCCAAAAAUAAAUACAUAAAUUGAGGAAUGUGAAAACAAUUAAGAGCAGGCAAAUUUCUUAUAUUAUUUGCAAGAUAUAUAUAUAACACAUUGGUUAUAUCAAUCAAAAUAUAAGUUUCUCACUAAAAUUGUAGAGCACAAAUUAAGAGUAUAUAAAAUACGACCAUUCAGCAUCUUUAAAAUAGUCUAGAUAUAGAAGAUAUUUUCAUGCUUCAUUUACACUGUAAAUCUAUAAUUGUUCAUGUAGAUUAUAUAAAAUACAUGAUUAAGAUUACACUUUUCCUCUGAGUUGAUGAAAUAGGCUUGUAUACUACAGCCUUGUCUCAGAGUCUUCAUUCUCUUCAUAUUCUUGUUCUGUCUUGGGUUAGGUCACUAUAUUAUAUGAAUGUCAUUGAUCCUCUCUGUGCCCUCCACCCCAUUACUGCAGGAAUAGCAGCACCCAUAGAUUAGCACUGACAAACCUUCACAGUGAUUUGAGGUUUUGACAUUUGUGGGCCAUCCAAUAAAGUGCAUACUUGCUCUUACAAGAAAGUACUUUACUGAUAUAGACACUUUAUUAAACUACCUACUAUUUCUUUAUUUUGGAACCUCACUUUCUGUGCUUUAGGUCACUUAGCUUGUAGGGUAAUUGAAUGAAUUAUUGAGAUAGUAUAUAUUUAGUACUUACACUUUGCUCUAUAAAUGAUACAUAUUGUCUGUGUGUAUAUAUAUAUAUAUAUAUAUAUAUAUAUAUAUAAAUAUAUAUUUCAGAUGGACCAGCAAAUGAUAAGGAUUCUGAAGAAAAGAAAAAAGAAGCAGCUUCUUCAUCACAAAACAGUCCUGAAGCAAGAGAAGAAAGGUAUGUCUUCCAUCUUUGGUGUUGGCGGUAGAAAAGAAGCAGUUGGUCAGGGUCAGCAUCUUCUGUGCUUAUUCAAGGAAAUGGACUGCCUUGCCUCCUAGUGAGCAGAGUGGUUGGGUUAAGUUAGAGCUCCUAAAAACCCAACCUUCAUACAUUUUUGGUUUCUCAAGUUCUUGCAUCCCCUUUCCACCUUCCCAUCUUUGACUGGCACGUACUAGACAGGGAGCUCUGGAAACCAUAUGGUCAUAGGGAGCACAUUGCUAGGUUGGUGGUUUCCAGAGGAACUUUUACUGCAGGAAGUAGUGUCACCAGUGAGCCACAGCUCUGCCACAGCUGCUGAGAAUGCUGCAGCUACAGGAAAUGGCACCAUGGUGCCACAGCAGGUGUUCAUGUUUGUCCUGACUCCCUCCACUUUCAUAUCAGGCAGGUAGGGGACAAAGCAUGACCACUCAGUCAGACACUCAAAUGCCCGGAAGAUGAGCCUAUCAGCACUAUGCCUCACAACCUAGCAGUGCCAAGUGAGAUGAAAUGGGAAGGCCUGGAAGAGCCCAUCCUGCACAGCAUGUUUUUGGCACCAGUGAGACAGGCGAUGUGAAAUAGAGUGGGUGAGUACCUCACCACUCCUUUCCUGAUCUCACUGGGAAGGGAUCUUCUCCCCAGAUUUAUGAACUGAGUGAAGGUCUCCUAGGCAAUCAAAUGGGCUUAUCCAUCUGUCUCAGACAGAGCUUCUUAUGCCUAGUCUAAAGUCAAAUUCCCUUACAAAAGGCAGGGUAAAUAGACCCAGCUCCAGGGCAGGUUUAGAAACAUGCAUUAGAGAGGCCAUGUCACAAUUCAGAAGUUCAUCCUUGGAACUUUCCAUUUUCACAGUGCACUCUUGGUGAGGGUGUCUGCAUUAGCAACAUUACAGGGUAAUUUUCUCAUUAAAAAUGUCUGUAAGACAACAACUAUAAUACAUUUAGAAAGCAUUAUAAGGUAUGUAUUUGCAGACAGUCUUUGAUAGGUGGGGUUGUGCAAAAAGUUAUAGUACAGUAAGGUGCUGGCCUGCAGGAAAGAUCAUCCUGAAAUACUAUCACACUGUUACAUCCCAGGGUUGAGGAAUGCCCUCCAGGAACCAGAAGAGAAAACAGAAAUUUUCUUAAUGUGACUUGCUCUUUUCUGGGACUCCCAAAGGGCAUUCUACCCUUCUCUUUCUUUCAGGACCGGUACAUGGAACUUUUCAGGGGUUCUGCCUCACUACACAUAUGAGAGUGGUGGAAAGUGCCUUUUGGGAAGUUUCCAAUGCCCCCCUUUUGUUCUUUACCUUUUUUAUUGUAGUUUUAUUGUCACUCAAGAGUAUAGUUUAUAUUCUAGUAAGGAGUGGAGGGGUAGUGUUUGCUCUGGUCUGAGGGAGUAGAGCAAGCCUUCCCGUGGAAAAGCAAUUGAAGAUGUUUACUCUGCCUGUUUGCUCCAGAAAGGGGGCCAUCCUGAGGUUUAACAAUGCUUUCUGGGAGUCUCAAAUAACAGAAAUUCAUUGUGAGAGGGGGAUUUGUUUUCCCAUGUAUUUUGCAGAUGCAUUUAAUACUAGGGAAAGCAGAAAUCCUGUGCCAUUGAACUGGGAUAUAACAAAGGUUAUGAACUGACUAUAGGCCAUUCUUCACCAAACUGAUGUCCUCCAGAUUGCAUCAGCCCUAGCUAGUGUGGCCAUGCUGGUUGGCUCUGAUGGGUGAUGUAGCCCAUAACAUUUAGAGAGCACCAGGUAGGUAAGGGCUGCCAUAGACCCUACCCUGUUUAUACCUUAGUUUACUUCUUGUAUUAGAAUUACGCAUUAUAAUAUCUUGAUAUUUGACACAGCAACUAUGAGAACUGUGGGAGUUUGUAUUGGAACACAGCUAAUAAUGUAGAUUUUGUCUUGUGCAAUAAUUUAAAACAGCAUAAAUUCCAAAAUGAAUACAUCUAGUCACUUUUCUGCUACUUGUGUGAGUGCAGUGGAGUCUAGCAAUGUUCUUUGCAGUUAUGUCAGCUAUAAUUUGUGUGUCUGUUUGGUGUCAUUUUCUUUUCAGUAGGUCAAACUAGAACAUCUCAGAUGUUAGGUAGUAUUGUCUUUCAUUUUUAUUUGUGACUUAACACAGGUGACAUGAUAAAUAACCAGUUGCUGCUGAAACACUCCUGCUGCACUCCUCUUCUAGCAUGAGCAGGAUCAACAAACCAUAAGCCUUGGCCUACCAUGGCAUCUGAACCAAUACUAGUGAUUGGGAAGCCCAAAUUGACAUUUGCCUUCAAGUUGUGCUUUGGAGAGAAACAAACCAUGAGCAAUGAUUUAAACUGAUGCUAAGCCAAGGCUUGUGUUAGUUGCUUGUGCCAGGGAGGAGAGGAGCGAAAGUGAGUAUACUAGCAUACUGUUCAUUCAUGAUAAGUCAAAACACAGCCAUUACUUAACUUUUAACAAGGUUGAUUGAGGCCUUAAAAAAUAGGAUUUUCUGUGGAACUGUGUCAAAUAUUUCUAUUCAGAUUAGAGUAUAAAAAUAUGUAAGCCAUUUCUAAUAUUUUGGCUAGCAUAUAAUUAGUGCUAAAGGGUGAUCGGUAAUGAAACUGCCUUAAUAAUUGUUUUAUGUAAUACUGCAUUUUUAUUUUUAUUUUAUUUUUUGGUAUCUGUACUUAGCUAUGCCCCAACCUCUGUUUCAUAUUUUAGAUGCAACUCUGUACAGUGAUGGUUUUUAUUAUUUCCAUUGUUAUUACUAUUUACAUUUUAAUAUUUAAUAUUUCCCCCCUUUCCUCUUUUUUCUCUUUAUAUUUUUGGCAUAUAAUGAAAACAGCUUACUCAAUAAAAAUACUUAAAUAAAGAGAGAAAGAGAAACUGACCAAAGACUAGUUACAUUGCAGAAAUACAAUGAAACUAUAUUAAAAAAAAUAUUUUUCUUUGUUUAGCAGUUGCAGCAGCAACUCAAGCAGUAAGAAAGAAGAAGCUAAUGCUUCCUCAGAAUCAUUUAUUUCCACCUUUCCUCGAGCUCCAAGCACAUCAGAUUCUGUACGGAUGAAAUGCCGAGAAAUGUUAGCGGCUGCUCUCAAAACAGGAGGUAAGGAUUGCACUAUCACCUUUACAGGUCAUCCUGCUUGACGUUUCCUUACCUCUCUCGCCCUGACCUAGCCACUGUGAUCCACGCAACGGUCACCUCCAGACUGGAUUAUUGUAAGUCGCUCUACGUGGGGCUGCCCUUGAGACUGACCCAGAAACUCCAGCGGGUGCAGAAUGCUGCAGCGAGACUCCUUACGGGGUCUUCGCUGCGAGAUCACAUUCACCCGGUGCUAUACCAGCUGCACUGGCUCCCGGUGGAGUACAGGAUCAGGUUUAAGGUGCUGGUUUUAACCUUUAAAGCCCUAUACGGCCUAGGACCCUCGUACCUACGGGACCGCCUCUCCUGCUAUGCCCCACAGAGAAACUUACGGUCUUCAAAUAAAAACAUCUUGAAGGUCCCAGGCCACAGAGAAGUUAGGCUGGCCUCAACUAGAGCCAGGGCUUUUUCGGCCGUGGCUCCGAUCUGGUGGAACACUCUGUCACAAGAGACCAGGGCCCUGCGGGACUUGACAUCUUUCCGCAGGGCCUGCAAGACAGCUGUUCCACCAGGCCUUUGGCCAGGGUACAGCCUGACUCCCUCCCUCAGCAAUCUUUGCGGAGCUCUGGCCCAAUGGUUGCCAGUGGCUUGAAUUAAUUAAUUUUAUAAUGAAUGAUUUUAGAGUGUUGUUUGUGCUGUACUUUUGUACUGUUUUAUUGUUGUUAGCCACCCUGAGCCCGGCUUCGGCUGGGGAGGGCGGGAUAUAAAUAAAAUUUAUUAUUAUUAUUAUUAUUAUUAUUAUUAUUAUUAGUGUUACUUGCAGUUGUAGUUGUAAGGCUAUUUUGCAGUGUGAGUGGUGACGUAGUUUUUUGAUAGAUGACUAUAACUAACCCCUAGCAUAUAUGUCCAUUGGAAGCAGAUAAUGCUCUUUGUGACAAGCCUUCAUAUAAUACUGUUUUCCUCUCAGAGAGCUUUCUUCGAUUGCUGUGGUUUCACCCUGUGCUAGGAAUGCUUAAUUCUGAAGUUGUAUGAGUUGGGUCCAGAGAUCUGCCCACAGGAAGGAGAUGGGAAAAUAGUAACUUUCUUGCCUCUCCCUGCCAGACUCCAGAACCUCCUGAAACCACCUGGGAAUUUUUAUUAAUAGGUUGGGCUAUGAUGGAGGAGACUGAAAGGAAAAGGGAGAAAUCACAGAAGAGCAGGCAGAGGCAUCUUCUCAGGGCUGGAGGCUUUUUGGGGAUAGGCUGUUGGGGUUGGCAGGGCAAGAGGGGGGGAGGUCCCCCUCCACUCAUCGUCUUCUGCAGACUGAUCUCAUAGCUGAUCCAAAGCUUCUCUUCACAAGCUGAAGUUGUAUUCAGCUACAGAAGGACUGUUUCUAAUGGAAGCGUUUCACAAGAAAAUAUAUUAUCAGCAGGAUCCUAUUAAGGAAGGCUGCUCAAACACUUGACAACAAAGGAGUGAAAUGUUUUCUAGUGGGGAAGAUUAAAGGGAAUCUGAAUAAAUAGUGUUUUCACUCAAGGAUAUUGGACAGAUGAGCAUGUAUGGAGGAAGAGCAUCUGAGGACCUAGAGAGGUGUAGAGGUUGCUAAAUUUAAAAUUAAGAAGUCACCAGUUCCAGUUAACAACCUGAGAGUUGUUCAUUAACUCAAAUAAGAGUUCAGAAAAUGGCUGAUGUGAAUGCAGCAUCACAAAGCAUCUCUUGUUGCACUUACUAUGUUAGACAGUAGGCACAAAGAUGGGACAAAAGAAUCACAUUAAGUGUUCUAGAAGAAAUUUUGAUAAAGGGUGAUAGAGAAAUGUGAUAAAUAAAUGUUUUAAUACAUAUUAAUAGUCAUGCAACUCACUUUCUCUUUCAGAUGAUUAUAUUGCUAUUGGUGCUGAUGAGGAAGAGCUGGGUUCUCAGAUUGAAGAAGAUAUCCUUAUCUGUCCAAUCAGUUUUUUACCAUCUAUUUUGGUUCACUAG